UGAUUUUGUCUUCGUUUUUUUUCCCUUGGCUAACUAAAACCAGAUUUUGUUUGAGUCUUUAAAAUCUAUAAAAGAAACUCAAAGACAUAAAGCAAAGGUCAUACAUUGAUUUGAUAAAAAAAAAAGAGAGGUAGUAUAUUUACAAUAUAAUGAAGACAAAUAGCAAGAUUGGAUUCAUGAGCUUCCUAAUGAUUGCUUCAGUACUCAUCAUAUUUCUCAUGGUUUCAGAAAAAGUUGAAGCCGAUGGACAAUGCAUUGGAAGGUGUGGAAUGAUUCUUGACUGUAACACUGCUUGCAUCAGGAUGGGAUACCAAUCUGGCCAAUGCGUUGGCUGGAAAAAUCCGAAUCAGUGUUGUUGUGACCAUUAAACAUUGGGACGGAGUUUGUUGACCCAACAGAGACGACAUGACUUGUCGGUGCGUUGAAGAAAGCAUUUGGAUCAAAUGGAGCUCCAGUCACAAGGACCGUAUCUGUUGACAUGGUUGACGAGUAACUUUGUCUUCUUCUGCUUUUCAUGGCCUUUUAAUUAAAACAUACAGACCAAGCUAUAUUUAUUAAAAGUAAAAACAUGAUCUAUAAAUUCUAUUAAUUUUUU